GGUUGAUAUAAAUAGAAUAUCAUGGAGGAAAAAACAGUAGUGAAAUUCUAAUUACACAAAGACAAUGACAGAAGAGCAGGAGCAACAAGAAAACUUUUACAGACAUUCAACAGUUAUAGUUGAUGUAACUAAAGAAUCACUUCAACAACUUACUGAAUUUUAUUUGACAAACAAGGGCAUCACAUACGAAGACUUUAUCAAAAAGUACCAGCAUGAGCUCUACCAUCUAUGUUACAACUAUUAUCCGUGCUGUAAUUGCGCAACUGGUACACCUCCACAUUCAAGAGGCAACAGGGUACUUCAUCCUCCACAACUGGCUUUAUUUCUAGAUUCAGCUGGUGCAAAAUUGCCAUGCCACAAUCCAAGUAGUAAAUCGGCGCCAAACUGUUGUUGUCCUGUAAGAGGGAACAUCACUCUACAAGAGCUUGAUGUGACUCUAGCUCGAGUUAUUCUAAUAAAUUUCCUUGUCCCUCCUUCUUCCACGGAAAGAAAAGCAAUUGACGAUCUUGUCAAGAUAAGAAACGAAUCUGCGCAUGCCAAAAAAGGAAAAAUGGCAAAUGAUGAGUUUAUCCAAUCAAUUGAACAAAUAACAAAGUCCUUAUUGAUCAUAGCAAAGAUAUAUGGGAAAGAAACAGAAACAAAACAGAGACUGCGUGAAGUUUGUAGACAACCCUUUAACACUGCAAUUUAUUUGGAAUUACAGAAAAUAUUACUUCAACAAAUAGAGAGGGACGAUGACCUGAAGCAAGUAAAACAGAUGCUUGAAAAACUCACAAAUAUUCCAGGAGAAUCAGUUUCCAUUGACAAUCUGCUUGAUGGUGUCACAGCUGUGCCAGGUUCUUCUCUAGGGAAUGCCACAUUGUCAUCGAUAAUGCCUCGAAACUAUCACGUUGUGUUUGGAAUUGAGGUAGAGAACUUGACGAAAUAUAAAUUAGAAAAUUCUGAGACAUACUUGACAAGUGGAGAAAUUUCAAUACCAGCUUCAGACAUUCUUCCAGGAUAUAAAGAGGCAAUGGUGGCAACGAAGAAACCAUAUUGGCCUGCAUUUGGAAUAUGUGGAAUAGUGUCGUGGCUCAUCAGUGGUUGUGACCGACGUCUGGUUAUUAUGUUCACAUUACCAUGGCCUGCAUUUCUAAACUAUAUAAAAUACACAAAUAAACUCUCUGUCGGCAUAUCCGACGUCGGUAUCACAGAACAUGAUAGAAAAUGGCAUGCAACAAUGAAGAAAUUGAAUAACAGGUACCCCGGACUUAAUUUCAAAACCGAAGAAUAUAUCAAUUCCGCAAGACCAGUGAAAGUCGCAGAUGAUACAUUCCAAAUGAGUGGAAUCAUGGGAACAGGUCAUCAAAUCGAGGCUAAAAUUGUUUUUAAACCAAAUCGUGUGGAAGAUUUGGCACAGAAUUUAAAACAAAUUGUUUUAAUGAGGCAAAGUUUUAGAUGAAAUUUACAUGACACUUUAUGUUAUAUGAUGUAUAAAUUUUUUCCUAGAAUUUUAUUUUUACAUUUCUGAACAUUUUAUUCAAAAGUAUGUUACAAAACAAAUUAGUUUUCUGUAGCAUUUAUUUGCUUGUGAAUUGAAAUGGUACAGUGUAAAAAAAACAGUAAUUGAAAUUGUACAAAUGU